ACAGGAAUCAUGACUCCGCUAUCGAGGGCAGCCUCUAUGCAAGCUCCUCCAACAACAGACACCUUUCCCACAGCUGAUCUUCAAGGCAGAAUACAUCAUGAAGAAUCUCUAAGGACCUUUUCUUUCAUCUUUCCUCUCUGAAACUCACAUUUAAGUUUUCUGGAAUUCAAAUUUUGCUACGACGAGAUGAGUGUGAAAAAAAAGGCUGCACUUGUCAUCAGCUGGCAGAAGUCAUUUUCCAUCAUGGCCCCUUGGAGGAAAGGUAAAGGAGGCAGUAAAAACACAUUACUGGACAGUGAGGUUGUCCUGACAAAAAUGAAGCUUUUUAUUGACCAGGACAACUCACACCCCGAGCUGAAUUCUCAGCUUGAUGAAAAGCCUGGGCAGCCUCAGAUCAAGCCUGGCUCCAAAUAUCCAUCUGCCAUUUUGUCAGAUACUCAUCUCUCAAACUUGUUCAAGUGUGAAUCAGAGGACUCUGGAGUGGAGCUUCCCAGCGGAGCUCAUUCACCAUCCACCCCAACAGGAUCUGAGCAGAGCUUUGUGGUGCACAGUCGAGAGUCUUCCUGUGACUCCUCCAACUUAAACUCUGAGCCCACCGUCCUCUCUGACAGACUUGUUGCAGAUACAAAGAGCACUGAGAAAAACCAGGCAAAUGACUCAGCGGAUAACAGUUUAAAUACAACAGUGGAUACACAGGAUGGUUUGUUAAUUCAUUCAAAUACACUUAUUUCUUCGGCUAUAACAGUAGAGUUGCACAUAGGUGAGGAUGUGAACCACUGCAUGGUUUCAGGUCCUGAACAAAGUGAGGAUGCUGAAGAGUCCAGGGCUGUGACAGGAAGGACCGGCUCAGAGGAUACGAGGCUUGGAGAGCAAUCCUUAAUACAAAGCUGUGACGACAUGACAAGCAAAGUCUUUGAACCCGAGCCUAUUAAAAGGAGUAUCACCAGUGACAGCCUGGAUGAGUACAUGGAUGAAUGCUGCAGAUUAAGUAAGGCGCAGCAAGUGAGUCCCAGCCCGCUAUCUUCAGGACUCGGUUACCUGGAGCACAUCUGUCAACUCGUUGAGAAAAUCAGCCAGAUGCAGGAGACUAACCUCCAGCUGCAGAGGCAGAUCUGCAGUCUGCAAAAGGAACGCAGGAUGAGAAAGGCCAAAGAGGACUUCUUCAAAGACUACUGCAGCUGUGGUGCAGCCAGUUUAGCCUUCCAGGAUUUCCAGAAAACGCAAUCCAGAGAUGAGUUUUCAUCGCCCAGUGGAACUCUCUCAGACCUGUCAGCCGUUCCAGAGGUCACACAGCACCCACUCAUAUCGACCGGUGGAGGAGUUACAGGUGGUGGUUUCACACUCGCUCCUCCGUGCAGGAAGAGCCUAAGCCAAAGGAGUCACACUGAGGGGGAGGUCCACGGGGACAGCACUGAGGGGCUCUCCAUCCAUCAGCACACACUGAGUGAAAACAGCACGUGGGCCAGAGUCAAAGACGUGGUAAGGAAGACUAAGUUAAGGAAUCACAGCAGGCUGGGAGCAGCCUCAGCUUCACUGAAGAUGUCCUGCCCACAGCUCUACAGGCCUGAUCUGGGACCAGUACAAUCAUCUAGCACCAGCAGGAACUCUAUGAUUGCUUUGGGCCACCGGAGUACACUGGACUUCCCGUGGCUUGAGUAAAGAUCCGGGUAGUGAAGAGUGCUUUUGAUAAAAGAGCAGAACGACUUGAUGCUGGCCAGACGACGGUUGUAGCAUCUCCAAAAUAAUGAGAACAGUAGUUUGGAGUACUAAAGGGUCUGCGUCCUAAUCAUUUCAUUAGCAGAAGCAAACCUGGCUGUUUGUUUUGGACUAUACAGACUCUACACAGCAAAAGCAGAUGCACACAUAGCAACAUGUGCAGCUUCCGCAUACAGGGACGUAAAUUAUGACACGUUUUUACUGAUGUCUUAUGUCUUUUUUAUUUGUUCCUCUUUAAAUGCACCACCAUUUCUUUCAGAUGUUGCUUCCAGACUGUCUUGUGAUAUUUUUAAAGUGUAAUAGUUCUUCACUCAGUUUCACUUUCAAGGCUUUUAUUUAUGAAUGUUUUGAGGAAUCGGGGAAAAGGGGACGACAAAGAAGAUGUAGCGGGUCUAAAAGUCUAUCUGCAGCACGUGAACUGUAUCUGAAACUCAAGAAAUGAGAUCAAAUGCAGCAAAGAUCGGACACAUGGACUCUUCACCAAAGCUUCAUCAGAAACGGCCUCCGUAGAAGGCUGGCUGUCAGGAAGAUGGAGGAAAGGCUGAGGUGUGUCACAUUACACAAGAACUGACUGAAAAUCAGUGUCAGCGGGUCUGAUGAGGUGCUGAAGCCAAAUUUGAAGCAUUAGUCAAAAGUUAAAAUCAGCGAAUGAAGAUGUGAUCGGCUGAUUUCUGCCACAUGUAGUCAAGAAAUGACUUUGUCUGACUUGUGGCCCAUUUCCGUUGGCAGCCAUAUUCCCAUACGUGCCUUUUACAUGUUCUCCAUCAGGUUUCGCUGACGUUUUAUGCUUCGCCGUUCCUUUCCUCCGUCUGGUGUUUGUUUUUGCAGAAACAGCCUGUCUGGUCGGGCCUCCUCGCUCUCCAGUGUAAUGAGCAGUUCAUGAAGUCAUCUUUUGAUUGGAGACUUCUGCUUCUGUGAGACUGUUGUGCUGAGCUGGUUCAGUCUUCAUGUUGAAGACGUUUUAUUUGACAGCUGCUAAACUUUGCACUCGCUCUCUCCAGCCUAGUAUGGCCUCGUCCACAGCAGCUCCUGUGACCUCAUAUUGAGACUUGUAGUGCACAGCUACCAAAGCAGGUUCAACAUUUCACAGCACGUCCAGUGUAACAAGAGAAUAAAACACCA